UAUAAAACAAGAAUCUUUCCAAAUACAAGUGAGAUAGAAAUAGAAUUUGAAUAUCAAGAAUCUGAAAAUAAUCUGGAUAACAAUAAGGUUGCAGAAAUUAUUACAGACUUGUUAUUGAGUAAUAAUUCUGAAGUUUCUGAAAUAGUUCAGACUAUAGAAAGAUAUAUUCAAACCGAAAGUGAUGAUAACAAAAAGCCUCCUCCUCUACUUAUAACAACUAAAGAGAUAUAUAGUACAAUACAAAUUGUUUUGUACUAUGAAGAGCAAAUGAAUUCAGAAUUUAGUCUUGAUCUCGAAGAAUUAUAA